CUGUCUCCGUCACACUCGGGGUGGACGCAAGAAUUGAUCGUCCGUGAAUCCUCGGGAUCGAUAUUAAGUAGACGAAUAAAAAUAAUGAAUAACAUUAGAGUUGUAUCAUUUGUGGUAAGGGUUUAGACACACAUCAAAUCGAUAGAGUUGGAGUGAUCGUAAGGUGGAUAAAAGUGGCUGAAUAAAUAAGUGUUUCCAAAUAGACUCGUGUUUGAUGGUCGGCGAUAUGGCGGAUAUAGCGAACACGACAGUGUUUACAAACGGUUCGUCGGUCUCGUGUGGAACUUCGGAUCUUCUUCGUCAAGCAUUCCAGGAGGUAGUGGAUGAAGACGAUCAAGAGAAUGAGUUUGUUGCAUUUUUGCAAGGUGACGGUGAGGACUCGCCGACGAUACAUUUAACGCAAGCGCAAGCAUCAGCUUUGAGGUUAACUUUUGAAGUUGAUACCGUGGACGAUAGGAACCACGACAUAACCUACGAAACUGAGGAAAACACAUUACUCGAUGAAAUAACAAGAACGACGAACCUCGAAAAUUCACAAAAUCCAUCGUGUACCAGCGUACCAUUGGAAAAUCUUCAUUUCCAAAAUGACAAUCAACACAUUAAGGUCGAAUGUUCAGAUUUCGAAUGGACGGACGAUAAAUCGUCCAUUCAAUCAUUAGCAAACAAUCAUGAUAACGAAACCAUAUCUAUGAACGAUCUUGAUCUCUCACAAAACAACGAUUCUGCUCGUCGUCAAUUGCUUGAACAACUUACCGAAGGAGAUGAACCUCAGAAAAUUUACUUAACUACCCAAAAUUCCCUCAAACCUGCAGGACCUCCGAAUCGCAGUGAAGAAAUUCGUUUUCCUCAAGAAACUUCCCAAAAUUAUCAAAAAACUGAUUUGCGCGAUUCACAGGCUCAAAUUUUACAAAGAUUACCCAUAAUUUUGCCAUCCUCUCAAUUUAUUGUCAAACCAACUCAAACUCUCUUGAAAAAUGCCAAAACUGUUCGAAUUUUACCUGGCACUAGUAAAAUCAAUACCAUUCAUACAAACGCUGCUAAUGGUUUGCACCAAAACACUCAGAAUGGCAAUAUCACCAGUCAAAAUUCAAUCUUAUUGCCGAAAGGAACGCUUUUGAAUACAAUUGCCCCACGUUUGAUCAAUGCCACUCCUAUAACAACGCAAUUAAUCAACGGAGGAACAAUAUCGACUCAGUUGCUGAAUGCUUCACAAGUUUUGACAACUUCCUGUGACUUUUCUAAUCAGAAUAUUAGCACAAGUAAUGGAAAUACCAGUGGCGUUACAAGGUCGGUUCAAAGAAUUGGUAAUCCCAGUCUUCCUAUUGUGGGAGGUUUGAAAAUGACACCAGGGAUCAUUCGAACUGGUAACAACCAACAGUUUGUGUUGCCAGCCCUCAAAUCGAAUCUGGAAACGGGUAACAUUGUAAAAACAAUUCAAACGAUCAAUGGGAAUGGAAAACCUGGGAUUGGCGGUUCAUUCCUAAAAUCUGUACAGAUACCUGCACAAUUCUUGCGAAAUGCAGCAACAGCUUUUGUUAAAACUGUGCCCGCAAAUACAACUAAAAUCACGACGUCUACGAACUCACCGAUAAUUCUGAGAACAGCUUCUAUUCUCAAAGCUCAAGAUGCUAAACCCGUCACCACUUCCGCUUCUAUUUUACGUCCCACUACUCAGAGUCCCUCGAACCCAAUUUCCAUCCUCAAACCACAGACAAAGUUAGUUUCUCAUAUGAAAAACAAACCAAGUUUAAUGAACAGUCAAAAUGUUGUCACAAGCAUCGCUAAUAAUUUACCUAAUCCACGUGUCGUUCAAAAAACCACAAACUGUGUACAAAAUGAUACAGCAGAACGUACGAAAUUGCUGCAAAAUGGCAAUAAGGAAAAAAGGAAUGAAGCCACUUUGGCUACUGCUCGAGUCCUCAAACGGGCCAAAGUCGCUGGACUACACAGUCCUGUUGCCCUAACCGCUGAACAAACGGACACUACCAAACCCCUCGGCUCCAGUGAAAAUCCCAUUCAAAUUGUUCAACAGGGCCACACUUUCCACAGUAUGCAGAGACUUACCCAAUCGCAGCUGAAGCAAAUUGCACAUGUUUUACAACAGAGGAGUCAAGAGGCUGCCAUGCCCAAUGAAAGAAUCGUUUAUAGAGUCGUUUUUCCCGAAGAGCUUGAUCUUCGGAUGAGAAAUCCAGCCAACUUAUUGAAAGGCAGGGGAGCAAAACGUGGCAGACCAAAGAAAACGGCAGUAAGGCCACCAGUACCAGCUCCAAAAAUGCCAACUACUUUGGAGGAGGAACACGAAGAUACAAAGGAUGAUCGGAAAAAAGUAAUAGCGCGAACGAGGUCGGGAAGACUAUCGCGACCUCCGCGUCACAUGGUGAGGGAUUACAAGCACCUUCACCACUUGGAUUUCAUGCAGCCGGAUUUGGACGAUUCGGACGGUGGUUACAGCGAUUACAACACGAACGCGGAUAAGUUGGAGAGCGAUCCAACGUCGAAGGAGUUACUGAGCGGACUCGAAGUACCGAAGCGAAAAAUAUCCGAUCACUUCCGUUGUCCGACGUGUAACAAAAUUUAUUUAGGUAGAACGCGUAUGGCGAGGCAUUUCGAGAUGCAUCCGGAUCACGGGAGCCCGGAGCAGCUUCCGCCUCCGACGCCGGAUCCUGAAUUGAAAAGAGCAAUCGUGCAAGAUCCGCUGAAAAGAAAAGGGAAGAAACGAGGGCCUUGGGCUUACGUGACACCGGAAGCGAAAUCGGAACGUCGCCAGUCGAAGCUCAAAGAGGCGAUUUCCGUCUGUGAGAAUCUCGAAAUAGUUAAAAUCGCAGCAAAACCAGUUCUGAACGCCCAAUCGAUGUUCGAUCUGUUGAUUCUCAAAUCGGAUCACAACGUCAGAAACUUUCUCACCGAACUGAAGAAUCUUAUGAACAAAAUACGUCAACAAGUGGGCACGAUGUUGAGUACGGCGAAUGAGAUCGACAGCGACAAUUACGAUCUCGUCAACCUCGACGAGGACGUUCUCUGCGACGCACUGGGCCUCGAUCCGGGUCUUUACCGCAUUAAUAACGAAGCUUUCAAUAAAUCGGAAGAAAUAUUCGAUGAGUUGAACACGUCGAUCGAAGAGCCUCCAAUGAAGCUACAAAAAACUCACAAUUCAGAAGAAUCCAAGGAACACUUUGAGGAGAGGAUGUCGAGCGGGUUUUCCGAAAGUUCCGAUUUAAGCGUUUCCGACUUUCUGAACGACAGAAAAAGCGAUUCUCACGCUAAUACUAAUUGCCCCGAAGUUUUGAUGGCGUUGACUCUAAUGCCGAGAAAUCACAGUCCCGACGAGAAUCCCGAGCUCACCAAAUCAUCCAGUAUGUCGAAAUUGUUGAUUUCAAAUCCGGAAAUACAAAAUCAAUUAUCCGAGAAUCAAGGCUUCCAAAAAAUCGAUAUCGGCUCAACGAAAUCUCAAUCUUAUCGAAAAUUGAACAAUCUCAAGGAUGGUUUUACCAAAUUAGCUGAAGGCCUCGAACUUUCCGGAUGCUCAAGUGUUUUUGACAAACUGAACGUAAAUUACGAGCAAACGAAACAAUCUUUGCCAACGAUCGACACGUUGCAGCAAGCUUUCAUUAAGCUCGAGCCCAUGGAGCAGGGUUUCAAACUCGAAAACACAGCCGUCAGUAGUUACGCAAAGGAAACUUCCCAGAAUUACGAGAAAAUUGAUAACAGCUAUGAAAACCUUGAAACGAGUUCCCAGAGCUUUGUCAAAGGUUUCCACAAGCUCAUCACCAAAGUCGAGCCCCUGAAUGUGAGCGAGAUUUCUGUCAAGAACGUUGCAGAAUCAAGGCUUGGGGUCAGCGAAGAAAAAAUGUUGGUCGAUUCCCCGAUCUGCAAAAUUCCAGACGCUCUCCCCAUUCUCCAAGACUCCGUUCCAAUAAUGAGCAAUUCUUGCGACACCAGUAUUUUUGGUAGCAACGAUAAUCUCGACAUUACCAAAAUUACAGGCUACGAUCACAUACCGCAUUUGGAUAUUUUGACUUCCGGCGGUGUAAUGGACAAGCACAUGAUGAUGGAUGAAAAAUUAGUGGAACAGUUGCACCUCGUAGACCAAACCAAUCUCGUUGACGAACUCGUUUCCGAAAGACUCAAAAACAUCAUGCCGGACAAUAUUCUUGACAGCAAUUUAAUCACAAACGGUGCUAAUUUGGAUGCUGAUCUUGAUUUUGAAGCGUUGAGCGAAGAGUUUAACAGAAAUACCAGGAGUUGAUUACCGUAUGAAAAACUAUAUUAUUUCACUCAUAUUUUUAUACAAAUGGGAACAGAAAAAUUCAGCAUUUCCUCCGAAUUCGUCAUCCCUAUCAUCAUCCAUACUUUAAUUAUCCACAAUAUAAGAAUCAGUGUAUUGUUAGAGUGCAGCGAAUUUCCAUUUUAUCAAGUUUUCCACUCUUCCCAACCUUUUUCUUUUUAUCAUUGUCGAGAACUUGGUGAAUGAAUGAAUAAACAUUCGUUGCAUUCGAACGCACUCACUUUCCAUACCACGAUAAUCUAUCGAUUAAUUGCUCUUUUAUUUCCUGACAUAACGCCAAGAAUCUUUUAAGGAGUCGCAUACUUUCCCAUCUAUUUUACACUGGAAGUGCAAAUUAAGACGGGCAACUCCAUUUUCCUUAUAUUUUUCUCUUUUCCUCAUGAAUUUUUCUACACUUUUGUAAAAUAUAACUUCCUCGCAUAACUCUUGUAAAAGGCUGAUGAUGAAAAGCUCAGUCUUGACGAUGAAUUUUGCCAAGUUGGAGCAGAGCAGAUUAUUUUUCUUAGAACACACACACACACACACACACACACACACACAACUGGGACGAAUGAUUUUUUUUGAUCAAUUCUUUUAAAUCGGCCAGCUAUGACGAUUGAUUCGAUCGUUGUAUCGCUUCAGAAUAUAUAGAAUUUGUGCAAGUUGUAAAAAAAACAAACAGUAAGAAGAAAAAAAACAAUUCAAGUACGCUAGUCUGCGAGUGUUGGAAAUGAAAAAUUCCAAUGUUACUCUUGGGAUCUCUUAUGUAUUGAUUAGUAUGAAAUUGUUAGAUUUUUUUUUUUUAUUGUGUGAACGUAAAAAAAGCGAUAGGGAGGACGGAAAAUUAAGUUAUUUCUGUAAAUAAUACGAAAAAAUAAGAUAAUAACUGUGUACAGCAUACGUUUAAAGUACAUUUAUCUUAAUUCCAAUUAGAAAGAAGUAUUUUUUAAGACUAGAUCAUAGAACGGUUCGAGCCAACUUAUAACGGCGGCUAUAACAAUCCGAAAAAAACAUGUAAAUUGUGUAAUACGUAAAAUGGCAAUUUCUUUUGUUUUCAAUGACUGUUUUAUCGUUAAAUACGUUUUCGUUCUUCUGAACGUUGAAUAUUACUUUGACCCAAAAGAACUUAGAAUUUAAAUAUCAAUGUUAGAAUCCGUCAAUUUCGUCAGAGCUCGUUCCCAUUUUCGUUUUUUUCACACGACCAAAAAAAAACUUUCCAUAUUUUUUCUAUCGUUGUAAAACGCUCAUUUUUUAAUAGAAUUUUUCUUUUUUGUUUACGUAACUUUAUGACAUUUCUCAUAACCGUGAAAGCAAAAUUUUUCAUGCAAAUCGAAUUUUUGACUUUCCAACUUUUGAAGCAGUAGUUUUUGCAAAAUUGUUUUGUUUUCUGUCGAAAAUAUUGAGACUCCCACGUGGAAAAAUCGACCUUAAGGCUCAGUGACCAUUUCAUCUGACACGAACAUUUUUUUCCUCACUUUUAUCCAUGAAAUGAAACUUCGGGCACUUACUUUUCAGUGAUAUUUCAUUAUUUAUAAAUUUAUUGUUUAGAAUAAUUGUGAUACUUAUUUCGAACGUAAAAGGCUUAAUAAAAUCUAUCUUAAGAGCUGAAAAAUAGAAAAAUGUCUAAUUAAUCGAACGAGCUCUGACGUAACGAUUUUGAAAAAUUGCACGAGACAUCUAAUGGGCUCAACGAUUUCCAAAGGCCUAUUUAGCAGGAUAUUUGUCAAGGUCGAAACUCGCGAAGCCUUCACACUACUCAAAAGCGGUAUGACGAAGGUUACGCGGGGCUCGAAUAACCGAGCGUUUAAGAGCUGUUGCCAAGUUUAAAGUAAUUUAUGAAGAGGCUCGAAAAAUGUAUCAUUUUCAAGUGUAUACCUCAACGAGACAAAAGCGUUCGAUUAUCGAGGUAUUUCAGUUCUCAAGUGUCAAAUACACGAGUGUUAAAUAAUUGAAAUAACAAAAUCGAAGCGUCGAAUGAUUGGACGUUUCAUUAGAAAAUUAAAUAAUUCAACACUUACCGGCAACCUUUCGUAUAAUUUACUGGCACCUAGGAUAACCUUAAAAACAUUUGGCAAAUUUGAAAUAGAAAAUUGGUAAAAGGCAACAAAACGAUUAAUCGAAAGGGAAAAAAUGAAUCGAGUCAAUAAAAUUCCUAAAUUCAUAUCUUGAUCCACGCGAGUGCAGACGUCACGAAGAAAUUCAAAAUUCGUAUAGAGUUUUCGAAAGAUGUAACGGCACAUUCUUAUUAAUUGAUACGAAAUGGAGUUUGUGGAGACUUAAAUGGGAAAAUGAAAAAAAAAAAAAAAAAAAAAAACAAUAUUUGCAACCUCGAUUCUGUCUACAGAAUCAAGCAUUUACGGGAAUAGACCUUUAUUCGUGUGUAAAUAUGGCAAUACAUUUUUUUUUAUUAUUCCACGAAUUUUUUGUAUGAAUAAUUGACAAGGAGCAGUGCUUCCAAAGCGAUUUCACCUGAUAAUUAGACGAGAAAAAUACGCGCUCAAAAAUAAUAAAAAAAUUAUGUUUAUUCCAACGUUGCAUCGGUUGCUCCCCACCGCGUAGAAUAGUUUUUGCUUAAUUAUCGAAAAAUUAUAUCCUCUGGUAACGUAAGAACGGAGUGAAAAAAAAAUUGAAGAAAUUUAUAAUAAAAAAUAUAAAAACGUU